CUGAUCGCGUUUCCCUCUCUGUUGGCAAGGUGCCCUGCAGCCCUUUACUUAAGACGCGCCAACCCCCACAGUGCGAACACAGAACGCAUGAGUUUGAAGAUGCAGUUCUUCUCUGUGGUCUCGUCUCCGAUGCUGCUGCUGCAGCUCUGCAUCAGCACCCUGCACGACGUGUUUGCCAGCAUCUUUUCAGCAGUUCGUUACUGGAGAACAACCUCGCCUGUUUCACCUGUUGACAGAAAAGUGGACCAAAGGAAAGUCCACAAUGCAACGACUCCAACUAGUGUCAACUAUCAUUUUACACGCAACUGUAAUUACAAAUGCGGAUUUUGUUUCCACACUGCUAAAACCUCCUUCGUCCUGCCUCUAGAGGAGGCCAAGAGGGGCCUGAAACUCCUGAAGGAAUCAGGCAUGGAAAAGAUCAACUUCUCUGGAGGAGAGCCUUUCCUGCCCGAUAAAGGAGAGUUUCUGGGGAAAUUAGUCCAGUACUGUAAACAGGACCUCCAGCUCCCGAGUGUCAGCAUCGUCAGCAAUGGAAGCAUGAUCAGAGAAACAUGGUUUCAGAAAUAUGGUGCCGAUCUAGACAUCCUGGCUAUCUCCUGUGACAGUUUUGAUGAAGCAACCAACCAGCUGAUUGGCAGAGCUCAGGGCAAGAAGAGCCAUGUCGACAACCUGCUCAAGAUCAGGAACUGGUGCCUGCAGUACAAAGUGGCAUUUAAAAUCAACUCGGUCAUCAACACCUUCAACAUGGACGAAGACCUGACGGAGAACAUCCUCCAGCUUAACCCAGUCCGCUGGAAGGUGUUUCAGUGUCUGCUGAUUGACGGGGAAAAUGCAGGAGAGAGCGCCCUGAGAGAGGCAGAGAGGUUCGUCAUCAGUGAGCAACAGUUUCAGGAGUUUCUGGAUAGACACAGCAGCGUCUCGUGCCUGGUUCCUGAGUCCAAUGAGAAGAUGAGGAAUUCCUACCUGAUACUGGAUGAAUAUAUGCGUUUUCUAGACUGUCGAGAGGGAAGGAAGGACCCGUCCAAGUCCAUCCUUGAUGUCGGUGUGAAGGAGGCCAUUAGCUUUAGUGGCUUUGAUGAAAAGAUGUUUCUUAAGAGAGGAGGGAAAUAUGUGUGGAGCAAAGCCGAUAUGAAGCUGGAGUGGUGAAAACCUGCAACUCGAUUUUGAUUUACCUUUGCUGAGUGAUUACACAGAUCAUUUGAUUUUGUUUAAUUAUAUAGAUGUGUGUGUUUGUUGUGUAUCUGUUUGUGUGUGUGUGUGUUUUUAUUUACAUGUGUUACAACUUACUGUACUACUACUUACAGUUGUUGUAAAACAGUGUUAAAAGAUGUUAAAUUCACUAUUGAGUUAUAUACUG